AUGGCACAAAAUGUAGGAAUGAAAUGGAGUGAAGUGGAAUGGAAUGGUGUUGAGUGGGGUAGAAUAGAGUGCAAUAGGAAAAAUGGGGAGAAGAAGAGAGAGAAAGAGAGAGAUUGUCCUGUCCUCGAUGAAACAAGAAGACAAGACCGCUCCUGCUCAUCCUCUUCUCCUCUUCUUGCUAAACUGUUCGCACGCUAUCGAAUGUCUCCAUUCGGCUAUCGAUUCGGUUGGCCAGUUUCAUCAUUUUCCAUCUAUUUGUGUAUUCAUGUAUCGCUUUGUCCGUCUAAUUCUGUAUAUCUAUCUGCCUAUUUUGUCCAUCUGUUCACUUCUUUUGGUUUGUGA